UUCUCUCCCUCUCACAGCUGACCAGCACCUAGAGAUAUAAAUUAAAAUCAAUUAAACUCAAUCAGAGAACAAAUAGAGAUAAAAAAUAGUAAUCUGCGAGCAGUUGAAAACUGCAAGGAAACCAACUGAUACCUGAUAGACCAUUUAACCCCCGGACAGCUGACAAAAAGCCGGCAGAAUGUUGCGACAAUUCGGUGGCAUCGCACUACGAAGAUUACUCAGUUUCGGCAGGAUGCGCAAUUAUUCAGCUCUAGUACAAAGCAAGGCCUUGGUGGACGGCGCCUGGGUGGAAUCCAGUGAUUGCGACACCUUCGAGGUUCUGAAUCCUGCUAAUGGAGCGGUGAUUGGAACUGUGCCGAACAUGACCGUGGCGGAUGCCCAAAAGGCCAUAGAUGCUGCCAAGAAGGCCUACGAGUCCAAGGAAUGGCGUUCCCUCACUGCCAAGGAUCGCUCCAAUCUGCUGAAAAAGUGGCACAAGCUUAUAGAGCAGAACAGUCAGGAGAUAGCCGAGAUAAUGACGGCCGAGUCGGGCAAGCCCAUUAACGAGUCCAAAGGAGAAGUGGCCUAUGGCAACUCUUUCGUUGAAUGGUUUGCGGAGGAGGCGCGUCGCAUCUACGGCGAGAUCAUCCCCAGUGCUGCACCCAACCGGGAGAUCAUAGUUAUGAAACAGCCCAUUGGUGUGGCCGCUCUUAUUACGCCCUGGAACUUUCCAAUGGCAAUGAUUACCCGGAAAGCAGGAGCCGCCCUGGCUGCUGGUUGCACUGUGGUGGUCAAGCCCUCAGAGGAUACUCCACUUACCGCCCUGGCAGUGGCCAAAUUGGCUGAGGAUGCUGGCAUCCCGAAAGGCGUCAUCAAUGUGGUGACCACUAAAAAGGCAGCUCCAAUGGGCGAACUCUUUUGCAAGAGUCCUGACGUUCGUGGCAUAUCCUUCACGGGCUCCACGGAAGUGGGAAAGCUGCUGUUCCGCAACUGCGCAGAUGGCAUCAAGAGGGUUUGCCUGGAACUGGGGGGCAAUGCUCCGUUUAUUGUUUUCGAUUCGGCCGAUGUCGAGAAAGCCGUGGACGGAGCCAUGGCCUCCAAGUUCAGGAACUGUGGCCAGACCUGUGUGUCUGCCAAUCGAUUCUUUGUCCAGGAUGGCAUCUACGAUAAGUUUGUGGAACAGCUGAAGAAGCGCGUGGAGGCAUUAAAGAUUGGAAAUGGCGAGGGAUGCGAUGUCCAAAUUGGACCACUAAUCAAUGAAAUGCAGUUCAAGAAGGUCAGUGGCUUCGUGGAGGAUGCCAAGGACAAAAAAGCCACUGUUCUGUCCGGUGGAAAGCCUCUAACCGAAGUAGGAUCACUUUUCUACGCUCCUACCAUAAUCACAGACGUUCCUAGCACGGCUAAGCUUUACACGGAGGAGGUCUUCGGUCCUGUUGUCUCUAUCAUUCGAUUCCGCGACGAGGAGGAGGCCGUGCAAAAGGCCAACGACACUAGGCGCGGACUGGCUGGUUACUUCUACAGCGAGAAUCUGCAACAGGUGUUCCGGGUGGCCAAGCGACUGGAGGUGGGCAUGGUGGGUGUCAACGAGGGCAUCAUCUCUGCCGCCGAAGCACCCUUCGGUGGAGUCAAGGAGUCUGGAGUGGGUCGGGAAGGAUCCAAGCACGGUAUCGACGACUACGUGGAUAUCAAGUACAUCUGCAUGGGCAACCUCAAGUACAACUGAAGUCCAAAAUGCCUCAAGCCAUUGCUUUCGUUUGCUGUCUUCCAUUAGAACUAAAUGAGAUUUGUUGAAUGUUGUAAAAAAAACACGCCGCUAUUUAAAUAAAUGUGCACAAAAAUACAAAAC